AAGACGUGCCUUGAAAGUUGUUUCCAAUGGCAAAAAGCAAGACAAAUUUAUUGAUAUUAGAUAUCAUUUACCUGCUCAAAUAGAUCAUUGGAUUAAUAUAUCUGGAUUACGUCCUCUGAGAAGAUGUAGUUUGCAUAUGAUUGAUGGUAAUAUGAUAUCUGCUUUUGCUGAGAGAUGGCACGCAGAGACUAGUUCAUUUCACCUGCCAUUCGGUGAAAUGACUAUUACUCUUGACGACGUCAGGGGUCUUUUGAGCAUCCCGUGUACUGGAGAGUUUUUCACACCUCCCGCAAAUGUCAAUGAAGAUUUGGCAAUUGCUGCUGCUGUUGAGUUGUUGGGGGUUACAUAUGAUGAAGCUGUCACUGAGACUAGGACCAAUAGAGGGGCUUCGUAUAGUUUUGAGUGGUUGAAAGAGGUAUUUUAUAAGAAACUUCAUGAACGAAGAUAUGACUGUGCAGCUAGGGCAUAUCUACUUCAUUUGGUAGGAUGUACCAUUCUUGCGGAUAAAAGUUUUACACUUGUAUCUGCAAAAUAUCUCUUUCUGUUUCAAGAUCUGGAUAGUUGUGGUAAAUGGGCAUGGGGACCGGCUGCACUUGUUGUGCUAUAUGACUAUCUUAGAGACAGUACAUUGCCUGCAACCAAACAGAUUGGAGGAUAUUUGUCUUUAUUUCAGACUUGGAUUUAUGAACAUUUCCCUGAUAUUUGUAAACGGGAUAUGGAUGAGCAUAUUUCCUCGAUGCCACGGAUGUUUCGUUGGACGGCAAAACAAACAUCUGGGAAUGUGGCAUAUUACAGGGCAAAGUUGGAUGCUUUGAGGGAUACGGAUAUUAUCUGGGCACCAGAUUACGAUCAGAACGCUGUGACACGAUUUCAGUCUGUGUCAUUAUUUACAGGAUACAUUCGUUGGUGUUUCACGAUGGUUCCGUAUUUACCUGAGAGGUGCAUACGACAGUUUGGGUAUACUCAACACAUUCCUCCUACACCACCGAUGCUUGUUGCACGUGAUGUCGACGUUGAAUGGAGUAUGUACCGGAAUUCUGUACGAUCACUUCGAGCUAGAUUGCAUCCAGCUGCAUAUCCACAUGAGUAUGUUGAGGGAUACAUCCAGUGGUAUUAUAUGAUAUCUCAUCCUCGGAUGAUCCCUUAUGUUGCUGCAUAUGCUGGUCCUAGUUAUGAUGCUGGUCCUAGUCAUGAUGCUGGUCCCGAUACUAGUUGUACACGGUGUCACGCAGUUGGUGGUCUUAUACAGUAGAGUUUAGAUUUGCAUAUGGGUGGUCUUGAAGAUCAA